UUGUGAAAAAAGUAAAGUAUUUAACAAAAUAUUUACUUUGUAAUUGAACAUCCCAAAACGAAAUAUAUAUAUUUCUAGUUGAACGAGGGAGUAUUAUAUAAUUGAACCCAAUGACAUUCUCCGAUCGCUCUGGCGCAGUCUCCGAUCCAAUUAAAAUUAAAAGUCCAAUGGAUCCAAUGACGGCGUGCCACGUGGUGGCCGUACCUUAUCCCGGCAGAGGCCACGUCAACCCCAUGUUGAACCUCUGCAAGCUCCUUGCCGGCGACGGCCGGCUACUCAUCACCGUCGUCGUCACCGAAGAGUGGCUCCGCCUCCUCGCCGCCGAGAACCCUCCCCGCCGCAUCCGGUUCGCCGCCAUCCCCAACGUCCUUCCCUCCGAGGCCGACCGCGCCGCUGACAUGCCCAGCUUCGUCGCCGCCACUCAGACCAAAAUGGAGGAACCGCUCGAGAAACUCCUCGACCGCCUCGACCGCCCGGUCCACUUCAUCAUCGCCGAUACGUUUCUCAACUGGGCGGUCGAGUUCGGGAACCGCCGCAACAUUCCGGUGGCGUCGCUCUGGGCCAUGCCCGCCUCCGUCUUCGCCGUCUUCCACCAUUUCGACCGCCUCGUCCGCCAUGGCCACCACCCCGCCGACCUCUCCGAGAGAGGAGAUGAACGAGUUUCGUACGUUCCUGGCAUCCCUUCCAUCCGCCUCGCUGACCUUCCGUCGAUCGCUUUCAUGGCGGACCAGCGUCUGCUCCGCCUGACCCGAUCCAUCUUCCCCAACGUGUCCAAGGCGCAGUUUCUGCUCUUCACGACAAUCUACGGAAUCGAAUCGGAGGUUGUGGACGCGCUUCAGGAAGAGUUUCCGUUUCCUAUCUACACUUUUGGUCCGGCCUGCAUACCCUACUCCGGUCUGCAAACUUCCGCCGCCGCCGACUACUUAGCCUGGCUGGACGCUCAGCCGCCGAAUUCGGUACUGUACGUGUCUCUAGGGAGCUUCCUCUCCGUAUCAUCGAGGCAGAUGGACGAGAUCGCCGGCGGUCUGAAAGACAGCGGCGUCAGGUUUCUGUGGGUGGCACGUGGGGAGGCGGCGCGGCUGCAGGCGGCGUGUGGGGACGGGGACGUGGCAGGGCGAGGGCGAGUGGUGGCGUGGUGCGAUCAGCUGAGAGUGCUCUGCCACCGGGCAGUCGGCGGCUUCUGGACGCACUGCGGCUGGAAUUCGACGAUGGAAGCGAUAUUCGCGGGAGUCCCGAUUAUUGCUUUUCCAAUCGUAAUGGAUCAGGUGACGAUUCGGAAGCAUGUGGUGGAGGAUUGGAGGAUCGGGUGGGACGGCCGGAGAGGGCGGCUGCCGUCGGAGUUGCAGAGGCGGGAGGAGAUCGCCGGGAUGGUCAAGGAGUUUAUGGAUUCAGAGAGUGCGGACCGGCGGCGGAUGGCGGCAAGGGCGAAACAAGUGAGGAAAGUAGCUACGGACGCCAUGGCAGACGGAGGCUCUACCAACCAAAAUUUGACUUCCUUUCUAAACCAUAUCUUAAAUGUUUAAGUCGUCGUGUGUUUGAAUUUUUUAAUAAUAAAAAAAAAAUUAAUUUUGAUACUAGU